AGAGGAGGCGCAAAUUCAAAAACUGGUGGCUGCUGAAUACUGAAGGCCUAGCUCUUUGUUGUAAAUAUAUACAUCUUUUGAACUUUCCUGUCGCGUUCUGCUUCUCACCUCACCCCGUGUGCUUGAUAUCUGAUACUGUCUGUGUUGUUCUAUUAUAGGUAGCUUAGGGAACAUUGAACGGGUCUGGCAGUCGACGUAUGCAUUAGCUCGCCACUUAAGCGAUGCGUUACAAUGAUUUCACAUAUGUUUGUAGUAGUGUUUAUUGGGCAUUAUGAUUUCACCAUCCACGGUGUAUUUUGGUGACACUUUUGUUCAGAAUCAAUCAGAUAAGCAACGCAAAAGCAAAUAUGGUGAACUUAAUGGCCUUGUAAAUUAUGUGGACAAGAGAAAACCUACUGACCACUCCUGCGUCAUGGGUUCUUACAACCAAUUGUCCGAUGGAGGUAGCAGCUUUGUUGGUCUGACAUCGAGUCUCGAACGCUUUGAUGAAACUAUAAGCCACAUGAGCAAGGAAUUCUCUCAACUUGGACUCCUACUUAGUUCAUUGUUGACUCCUACCUCAGAUGAAACAUCCACAUAUACAAUGAAACCGGAUUUGCAGACGUGUUUUGAUCGCCUGGCUGAACGCUUUCAGAUGGUUUCCAAAGAAAUCGAUCUUAUGAAAUCCCAAGUUGAGCUGGAACGUAAUGCAAAUAUUCUGAGAUUAAGAUCUAUUUCUAGCUUAAAGUCUACCCUUGAAGAAGCAGAAAGCCAACUGGAACAAUCACAAAAACUAGAACGUGAAAUAAGCAGUUUACGCGAGUCGAAUAAGCUUAUUAAAAAACACUUUUACAAAUCUAAACAAAAUAAUUACUCAUCAAAAUCUACACAAGUCAACCCGUUGGAUAUUAUUUACGCUACUAAAUCAAUAAACAGCUCUCUAGAACAAAACUGUCAUUGCCAACAUAGUAAUCUCAGUGAAGGAAUGUAUGCUGUUUCGUCUACACAACAAGUGAAACAGACUGAUUCAAUGUCUUCCUUCUUUAAUACACUGAACACAUCGGUGAAAAUAUCAGACCUGUUAAAAGAAGCAUGUAUCAGUGAUUUACAUCAGUCUCCAUUGCAAGAGAAAUCUUUGUAUGAUAUAUCAAAAGUAAAAGCUCAAAUGACAUGUCACAGUGGUAAUGGUUCCUUCAGAUGCAUACGUCGAAGUUAUUCUUUGGAUGACAACCGAUACGAGGCGACUUGUGGAUUACAGCCUCUAAACAAUGACUUAAUGCAGAUAUACAGUUACUUAAAGCGAUAUUUCGGCUCUCACGCUGUCGACGGUCGAAUAAGUUUAACUGUUCUUGAAAAACUAUUUCAAUCUUUUAUGACUAGUGGACCGUCGGCAUUCAACGAAAUAUUUACUUCUGAUUUAUGUGAAUCGAAUACCAAUCGGCAGAUCAAUGGUAGUUCUGCACAAAAAAUUAAGCAACUAGAAAUUCCAAAUAACUCUCACUCAAAGGCUUUAAGUCUUGAUGAACUGUUUGAAAGUAAAGAUUUACGGUCACAGUUAACUGCCUGCUUGAAAAUUAUCUCCGUGUUAUACAAUCGUCUUUCAACUGACCAUAUACAAUUAGCGUCGUUAAGCAAUCAAUUGAAUCAAUGCGGUGAUUCAGUUUCUGUUACUUUAUCAACAGCAAGUCAAUUGGUACCUGGUCCUGAUGUUCUAGACGUGUGCUCAAAUCUGACAUCAACUUCUAACCAGUUGAAACAUGUUCAUUCUCUUGCUUUUCAGUGUGAACAAGAAACAUCAGAUACUGUACAAAUUAUUUAUGCAUUUCAGCAAAGAUUAGAAGAAAGUCUUAAAACAUAUUAUGACACUGUUUCAAGUGCUAAGCAUACUUCUGUUCAAACAGAUUCUUCGACGAAGAAUGAAACACUGAAGCAAUUAGCGUCAGGCAGUUUAGAAAAUACUGGAUGUAAGAACGCUACAGGGAAAGUAGUUAAUUAUGAAACCUUGCUAAAAUAUGGUCUAGUUAGCCCAAGAAAUGUGCUUAAUCGAACCUUGAGACAUUCUUCGUGCACAGAAUCUGAUGAACCAGUUAAAUCAGAAUUACAAGAAGCCUUACUGAACGCUCUGAGUCAGUUAGAUCGCUUGAAAAGAUAUCGUUCAACACAGAAAACACGUAUGGAUCAACUACAAGAACGGCUGGAUCAUGUAGGCAGUGAACUUGAUGCCAGCGUGGAUACUAUUCGUUAUCAUCAGACAAAUUUUGAAGCACACAAACGUAGAUCUGCAAUGGAAACUGCUAAUUUGCGUAACCAGCUAGCUAAAACAACUGCAUUGUUAGAGCAAUACAAAUUAUUGGUUAGUAAGGCUAACCUGAUCACAUCGACUUCGUUAAGUCAAAAUAUGCGAGCUCUUAUGAACAGUUCUGCUAAUAAAGAAAUAAAGAACCUGCAGACCCAUGAUGAACUACAAAAUAUGGAUAAUCUUAGUAUUGAUGAUUUAAAACUGAAAUUGUCAAUUUCUCAAAAUGAACUAAAUCAAUUACGGUUAGAUAUAGUGCAUCAAAGAGAAGAUGCUGAUCGUGAAGCUUCCAGACUUCGUGGUCAAUUGGCGGAGGUGACUUCAGAUGCACGAGCUCUUCGAAUCCAAUUGAAUCGGCUUUUAUCUCAAAAUGUCUCGUCUAAUAAGGCUAAUGGUUUAGAAAGCACAAACUCUCCAGAAACUGUAAGCUGUUCAAAUUGUCAAAAACUCCAACGUCUUAAUGAUCUACUACAACGAAAACAAUCGAAAAUGAAUCCUAUUCCUGAUUUGAUCACAGAUCAAGGCAAUAUGAAUAUAAAGUGUAACAAUGCCGUGUCUGAGAAUUGUAUCAAUGCGCAAAACAAAAAUUAUAUCCGUAAAACUUUGGAUAGCUUUACCCAGACGGAUAUAUUAAGUUGUGUUUAUCCUGAAGACAAUGUUUUGAAAGUGGACACAGCUAUUAAUCCUGUAGAUACGCUUACAGAUAGUUUGAUAAACAUACCAGUUUUUAAAUGCAAAUCCACUCAAACUGAAUCGUUCCUCAUGAAUGGUGACAUAUUACCAACUGAAUCCAAUCUAGCGGGUGAAAUAUCAUUAAUGGGUGAAAUUAUGAGAUAUGGUGGUGGCGUAAGUGAGUCAGCUGUUUUGAAAGCCAUGCCGAAUGAUCUUCAUACGUCUACGUCUAAAUACAAUUCAUUGGAAUCCGUAGUAUCGUCUCCUAUGAAGAAAUCUGAAGCUCUUACUGUCGCCAACUGUCAAGCUUUAGUGCAGUCGUCAGCUAAUGACUUAAAACAUUCUGAUUUAAGUAGUUUGAAUGAACCUGCCGGUGAAGAAGACUGUUCAUAUUCUUUAUUGUUACGUCGGCUGAAAGCAGCUGAAGAGGAAGCAGCUAUGGCGAUGGAUCAAUUGAAGUCAAGCAAUGCAGAGUUUCUUACUCUAAGAGAACGAUUAUCUCAUGCAAUUGUAGAGCGUGCACAUUUAAAAGAAUCUAUUGACGGAUUAGAUGAACAGGUUACUUUACUUGAAGAAUCGUUGUAUGAACGUACACAAGAAUUGCAUAAAUGCCAAUCACUUCUUGAGAAGUAUUGUCCUACCUAUCAAAAGCCUACAUUUUCAGAUUCUGGUAAAUGUGUACCUGAGCCAAAAUCGUCAGUACCACAAACAAUUUCAAAACAGUUUCAAGAAUCAAAGUUAACAUCUCACUAUACAGUUGAUUCAGCUAUUGUUGAUUUGAAAGGGCUUCUUCAAUCCUACGAGCCAACACAAUCAUUUAUUCGUUCGUCUUUCAUGAGGUCAAACUGUGCUAAUCGACUCGUGCAAAUGAAUGAUCGUAUAUUAAUUUGGCUGAAAUAUUUGGCUUUACUCAGUAAACAAGUGACUUCCAGAAUAUCUAGCGGCAUACGGUAUACUUCAUUUCGUUUACAAAGUCAGCCAAGACCUAAGCCAGUAUUGAUAUGUCUAAUCUAUUUUGUUUUUAUACAUUUACUCUUAUUACAUUGCUGGCUAUUCUAAGCCAGUGUUGUUUCCCUUCCGUUCCGUCGGCGUUUUUUUCCCUUCCGUCUAUAUUGACCCGGUAGUCAGCAUUAUCAUCAUCAUCUAUUGUUGUGUGUGUACAUCAAGCGUUGUGUAGUGACAUGUUAUAUUAAAUGUGAUGUCAUGAGAACUUUUCCCUGAUCUCUGUGAUAUUUCAAUAAUAUUUGUUUUAUUAAUUUAUUGAUUUAUUUAUUAUUUUUUCAAAUGGUCAUUUCGCUUUUAAAUCUGUCAACAACUGUUGUAAUUGUAAGUUCUUUCUUCCUUCAAAAUAAUAUUUUAAAGAGCCUUGUUUAUACCUUAUUCAUUUGUGUUCUUUUAUCUUUCCUGUGAUUUUCAUUGAUCGAAAUUUUUCUAUAAAUUAAUAUGUGUACAACACCAUCGUGUGUGUGUUUUUCUUUUAAAAUGUGGUUGUGUGCGUGUAUGUGUCCGUGUAUUAGUCUGUAGUAGAUUAUGCUAUAGACGUUUAUUUGUUCAAGUCCACUUUACUUACAUAACGAC